AGGCUCUGAGAGGGAGAUGUAGAUCCCCCAGUAGUAGGACCAGCAUCGUAUUAGAGAUAACAGGGGAGGGCGGGAGACGACGACGACGACGAAGAUGAUGGUGAGGGCGAGGUGCAAGUGUCACUCGCGUUGGUUGCCUGCAUGGGCCAACGGGGCGCAAGCCACCCAAUGGUCGCCUUGGGUGUGCAUUGCUGGAUACGCCUGGUGCUCCCCCCGAUACUCAUUCACGGAUCCACACCUCGCACGAUCCUCGGAUCAAUACAGCCUCGACAGAAGAACGUGCUUUCACCAUUCUCAUCUGUGGUACCGGACCUCGUCGCAUCUCACCACUGCCAAUCCUGCCCGCAAGACUCUUCUGGAAGCGGCCACCUCUGCCCAAGCUCAACAAAACAAGGCGAGGCGUUUCAUUUUCCGACCCGGUCAAAGGGAGCGAGCAAUCGAAGCCAUUCAAAUUAACCUCAACACAUCGCUACCUGCCAUUGGUAUCCCUCCGUCCUCAAGCAUUACCUGGAUCGCACCCCUCGUCCCUCCCAUCUUCGUCUCAUCUUGACGAUCCCCCACAGUGACCUCGUCGAGCGCAGGCAGCUUCACAUAGACACGUCACCUCCCUGUCACACGAGCUGGCUUAACCUUUCCUCUUCUGGCCU